UUGAUCUUGAGCAGCGGAAAAUCGAAAAAGAAGGAUGAAAAAAAGCAGAGGGAGCCGCGAUUCGCCUUCAUGACCAAGAGCGAGGUAGACAAUCUUGAAGACGGAUACAGAUGGAGAAAAUACGGCCAAAAAGCAGUCAAAAACAGCCCUUUUCCCAGGAGUUACUACAGAUGCACGAGCCAGAAAUGUGGAGUCAAGAAGCGAAUCGAACGGUCUUCCCAGGACCCGUCGGUGGUGAUCACCACUUACGAGGGGCAGCACAACCACCACAGCCCGGCCACCGUGCGCGGCAGCGCCGCCGCCGCCAUGCUCAGCCCCUCCCUCUUCCCGUCGCCGUUUUCCGGCCAAGACCUCCAGUUUUUCCCCUCCGCCAGCGGCGGCCACUUCACGGGCUCCGGCUACUUUUCCCAUCUCAUGAGCCCACACCACCAGCACCAAGAGGCGAGUAACAGCCAAUUGGGGCUGUUCAUGCCGGCGUUGAACAACAUGUCGUCGGCUUACCUUCACAAGCGCACUUAA